AAGUAUUCAUACUUGGUUAUCGCCAAAGACUUUACUGAUCCCGGUUGUCUUGAACGCCGCAUGGCUGUCAGAAAUCAACAUCUUGUUGAGAUCACCGAGAUUAAUAAACAAGGUCUUGUGUAUGUUGGCGGUGCCACCUUGGAUUCUCACGAGUCUGGAAAAAUGACUGGCAGUGCUAUAAUUGCCUGGAGUGAUUCUGUCGAACAGCUCAAGGAUAGAAUCGAAAACGAUCCUUACUACAAAGGCAAGGUUUGGGAAAAGUACGAAAUCUACCCUUACCGUAUCGCAAUCCACGGCGAAACUAAGAAAUAG